UAUGAAUGGUAAAACCUACAGCGUGUGCCUUAGCCCGGAGUAAUGGCGGCCGUCCUUAGGCUGCAACUGACCUGCAUCCACGCCACAUGCACUCACAGAACUCGAACGAUGCAUAAGCAUGAGAUUGUUCUUGGCUUUGGUACGAUUUGAGCGAAGAACACGCAUUCGCGCAGAUACUUGGUGUGCUAGUCAAUCCAUGAUCCAAGUCCCUUUCAAGCCUAUCUACUUCCUCUGUACGUCAGCAAUGAAAUGCCUGAUAUCGGUGCAAGUGCUGUUUCUUGUAUGUUUUCUCUGUACGAUAUCUAUAUUUCUAUAUAAUAGGUGUUCGGUAGUAAGAUCGACAGGUCGACAUGUCACAGAACUCGGAUGUUCCGCCGGUAGUAAUCCCCAAUCGUGCAUACAACUCCUGCCAAGACAAACAGGUCUCAGAACGCGGAAGCUUCGAUGGUCUGUCCAUCAGGCGAAGAUACACGUCUUGCAGCCCAGUAUCAAGAACAGCAAUGCUGGAAGGUGUACCAGUUCAUGUGGCGUCUAUGUGUGAAGCCUUUCUUGAUCAUGUUGUCAUGGCCGUCACAGAAAGAGCACGGUCGUGGGGUUAUCUAUUUACAGCCCUAUCCCGAUAUCCCUUUUCCUCCCCCCUCCCCCCUGCUGUCCCU